UAUUUUUGAGUUUAUGGUCUUUAGAGUAUUUCCCGAAUUCGGAUUACGUCAAACCUGUGUUUAUUGAGUUUGUGUAUUCGACGAAUUUAACAACGUUCGUACAUUCUAAUUUUUAAUAUUUUUGACCGUAUAAGAAUUUCGACGGAUGUUUUAAGUUGUUUCGCAGCUACUUGGUAUUCGGAUCAUAUUGAGAGAGCAACGAUGGCGCAUUACAAGGGAGCGGCCAGCGAGGCUGGUCGAGCGAUGCAGCUAAUGAAGAAGCGAGAGAUUGCACAACAGGAGAUAGAAUUGCGGAAAAAAAAGAUAGAAGAUGAUCUGAAGAUCGAUAACAUAGAGAAUAAAUUUGCCACUCAUUAUGACGCCGUAGAGCAGCAAUUAAAAACGUCAACAAUCGGUCUGGUGACAUUGAACGAGAUGAAGGCUAAACAGGAGAAUAUAGUGAAAGAACGCGAGAGAAAAUUGGCACAAAAAGAAAGGGAGAAGGAGCAGGAAAAGGAGCGAGCACUGGCAGCUAAGCAGGCGGAAAAGAAUAAACAGAAAAGGCAAAUUCAGGCUUUGUCGUUUGACCUGAACGAGGACGAAGAUGGAGAAGAGGGAUCCGGGGCUGAGUCUGACGCUAAAUCUGAGACGUCGGUCGCCUCAAAUCAGUCCAAGGGUAUUGACGAUAAAUCGGCAAUGCCUCUGCCUAAGAAGAUUAAGAAAAAUCCUGACGUUGACACGAGUUUUUUGCCGGACAGAGAAAGGGAAGAGGAGGAAAACAGACUGAGAGAAGAACUGCGCCAGGAAUGGGCAACCAAACAAAAUGUGCUCAAGGAAGAGGAGAUCGAAAUUACUUUCAGCUAUUGGGAUGGUUCUGGGCACAGAAGGAGUGUUGUAAUGAAGAAAGGUAACUCGAUUUAUCAGCUGCUUCAACGAUGCCUAGAAGUUUUGAGAAGAGAAUUUAGCGAGUUAAAGACAGUCAUGGCUGACCAGCUGAUGUACGUCAAAGAAGAUUUGAUUUUACCCCACCAUUACACAUUCUACGAUUUUAUAGUGACUAAGGCUAGAGGGAAAAGUGGUCCUCUGUUCACAUUCGACGUUCAUGACGACGUUAGAAUGAUGCACGACGCCUCAGUUGAGACGGAAGAAUCUCACGCUGGAAAAGUUUUAUUGAGAUCGUGGUAUGAGAGAAAUAAGCACAUUUUCCCAGCCAGCAGAUGGGAACCGUACGAUCCGACGAAAAGUUACGACAAAUAUACAGUUUCAGAUAAAAAUAAAAAGAAAGACAAAGUCUGAGGGUCAGACGGACAAUGAGCGAGCGAUAUUGUCCAGUUAGAUUAAUUGAAUACCAUCAUCACUACUGACUGAAACUUACCAAGGUUACGAAAACUUGAGCGAUUUUUGUAGCCGUGAACAUAACGGAAAAGUUAUUUAAUAAAUAAACAACCAAUUCGAGCUACAACGAAGCUGUAUAAACGUAAUUUAUCACGAAUAAUGAAUUUUACAAUCAAUCGUUUAAAUAAACGUUGCGAAUUUCUAUAA